CGACGCCAUCUGGCGAUUACGCAAGGCAAUGUCGUGAGAAUCGCUUGAGAUGCCCGAGUCGGACCUGGUCGCGUCGUAUGCGUCGACCUGCGUCUCGACGACGUGCGAGCACCGACUGCCGGCGUCGCGCGCCGAAAUUCUUCGCGCCGACGUCCGGCUGCCCACUGGCAUCGCCAAGCCGACGAAAGAUCACGUGGUCUUUGUGCUGCGCGUCCACGACGACGGCGACUGCUACGGUGUCGAACAGACAUGGUCGGCGUUCAUCGCGUUACGGGACGAGCUCCUCAUUGCACUCGCGCCCGGUCACCCGUGUCAAGGCGUCUGCCCGUGGCUCUGGGAAGACCUCCGGCACAAUUUUGACUUUCCAACACACAAGAAACUCGGAUUCCUCGAGUGGUGGAACAUUCGCCUCCAGCGCCAUACGCCAACGACGAUUGAAAUCUUCCGAGAUCACUUCCAGCAACUUCUAGACUCCCUCGUGAGGCUACUGUGCCAAACCCGCAUUCACUGCGAGCGCUUCCAAGGCGUCUACGCCGUCGUCGCGCGAUUUUUGACCGCCGACCCCAUAGAAGCCAUGCAGUGCGUUAGUUAACCCAACAACUUGUAAUUUGUCGUUCGUA